UUACAAGAUGGAGCGGUUGUGCGAUACUAACUGUAUACUCUCGUUUAAGUUUUUGUAUCAGUCGGGUUAACGUGUUCAUGUAUUUGUGCUUGCUAUAGUUAAUAGAAAAGUUAAAUUAUGUGCAGGACAGUUAAUCGUAGUAUUUUACGAUUUAAUGAAGCUUAAUAAUAGUACAAUCCACUCGAGACAUGGUGACACUGUCACUGUCACUGAUACUGAUACGGAGUGAUAGUGAUACCGAUGGAGGACUGACCGAGUUUGAGAGUGCGAUAGUAGUUUGCAACCUCUCAGUCACACGGCACUUUAAUUGUUCUUGUGACUUGUGAUGCAGGAUGCUGUCUAGACGAAAGGAUGCAGGCAAAAGCCUAAAUGAUGGAGUCGUUGGAAAAUAUGUGAAAAAAGAUACGCCACCUGUUUUGCCUAAUUAUCACACACCGGUGGCAAGGCAGGCGGUUAGCUUCCAGCGACGAAUCCAGGCGACGGGCGGACAGAACCAACUCUCGCCCGUCAAGUCCUCGAGCUACCCACAGAUGUUUGUGAGUCAACAGAAUACCAUGCCCUACCCUGCCAGUUCCACCCUUCAGCAAGCGUAUCAGCCGGUCUACGGGGCGACGUCGUCCUCGUCAAUGAACAAGAUUCCGCCAUACAAUAGCGGCAGUGGCUUUGUGCAAAUACAGCGUAACGCGUACGGCCUGGUCGACUAUCACCGGCCUACGCCGCAGCCGACGAACGCACCGCGACCUGUGUACAGCACCGGCGGGCACGACUAUAUCUAUGUGAACAGGCCCGUCGUGGCGAGCAUAACUGUGACGGCGGACCACGUGCCGAGAACUAGCGGUCACGACUCUGCCGCAGUGGUGCCGCCGGUCACAACGCGCUAUAGUGUUAUCACACAGACCGUGUCACCGCAGGACGACUACAGCCAAGAUUAUGAUGAGGUUGGCACGAUGUAUGAUGAGCGUCCAUUGAACCAGUACCGUGUGGAUGUCAGAGGCCAAGCCCAGUAUGCAUCUCAGCAGGCCCUUGGAAUCGGAUCGGGCAGUCCAAAUGAUCCUGAGCUACCCCUGCCACCUGGCUGGUCGAUAGACAGGACACUAAGGGGUAGAAAGUACUACAUAGAUCACAAUACUCAAACAACUCACUGGAGUCACCCACUGGAGAAGGAAGGCUUGCCAACUGGUUGGGAGAGGAUAGAAUCACCUGAGCAUGGCAUUUAUUAUGUCAAUCACAUCACAAGGAAGGCCCAGUACAGGCAUCCGUGCACGCCUCGGUUUCGAUAUAGCACACAGCCCUCCACAGGCUCACAGGGUCCCAGUCACACAGAGUUCCAUCAGCAUAACGUAUUAGUACCAGCCAACCCUUACCUAAAUGCUGAAAUACCGGAGUGGUUGUACGUAUACUCCCGGGCUCCGCAUGAUUCCGAUCACAAGCUCAAGUGGGAACUGUUUCGCCUGCAAGAACUGGAAGGUUAUGAGGCCAUGCUGCGACGCCUGUACAGACAGGAGGUAGAGCAGAUUGUGAUGGCGUAUGAAGCUUACCGCCUUGCCCUGCUGCGAGAGAUGGAGCAGCGACUGCUGCAGCGACAGAAGCAGCAGCAGCCCUUAACACAGGACAUCGAGACAAAGGUCUGAAGUCUCUUAAAGAAUCCAGGCACACACAGAUAUUCUUUAUGUGAGUAACGUUACAAGUAUGCAUUGCGUUUAAUGUUAUCAUGAUUUUGAGAUGAAUCUUUUGUACCAUGUUGGAAAAUUUUCAUGUUGAGAGUUUGAUCCAUUGUAGUAUAUUUAAGAGAAAAAAUACAGGUAUUUUGUAAUAGCUAUAAUGUGUGUCUCUCAAGAUAUAGACGGUUGUGUAAUGUGCGUGAAGGUUGCGCGGUUAUGAGAGCAAUGCUGGCCAGUUCACACUAUAUUAGAAAAUGUGUUUUUAGUCAUUUAAAAAGAAUCUUGAAGUUUUGUAAUAAGAUCAUGUAGUUGCAGAUAGCUUUUAUUAUUAUGUGUAUAGCUGUUAUUGAGUAAAUAUGACAAGGGUGGAGGACAGCAUUGUUCCUAAAUGUAGCGGACAAUCGAUUUGGAUGCUUGCCUCCUUAUAAUUAUCUCUGGUAGGUAAAGUACGAGUGAAUAUGUUUGUUAUGUGUGCGUGCAUGUAGCACUUCAAGUUGUGAUUAACAGAAUUUCCUUGAUAUGAUCAUCAACAUUGUAAAUGUUGUAUGUUUAAAUGUCUUUUCCCCUACUACUAUACGUCAUAGCAACUGUGUUGUGUUUUAUAACAACGUGGGAACAUAACACAUGAGUAAGCCAUGCAUUUUGUAAAUAUUGUUAUGCAUGUACUAUAGUUCACAUCAGUAGAACCCACUCCAAGAAUCUAACUGGACCGAGCCAGAUUCCUGGAGUGGGUUCUACUGAUGUGGAUUUAAACCCUUGAGUCCAGUGUAAAAUAAAAGAACCGAGAAGAAGAAGAAGAAGAAGAAGAAGAUGUAGGAUGUGAGUGAUGUGCGUUCAGCAGAGGCACCGCACCCUCUACCAUAAACCACAUACCCUAGUUAACGUCGUUUUUUGUACACAAGUAUAUUAACUAUGUUAUAUCGAUGCUGUUUAAUAACAUGCGUAUACGUUUUAGGGAUGAAGGCAGCUAUAUAUGUGUUCUCUGUUUUCCUGUUGCUUGCAAAAUUGCCAGAGUAAAACUUUGGUGUGUAGCUUUACAGGAAAAUUAAAUGUUUAACAAAGUCCAUGAUGACUUAGGUGAGUCGGUGGCGAUUAAAUACUCAUUACAGGGUUUAAAUGAAUUAUAGAAUGGGUGAGCGAAGGCAACUGAAUGUUAAUCAAUGUAUGUGAGGCUCAUAGGGUCUAUGUCCCCCAGGGUACUGCCGGAACGUACCCUGGGUACGGUCCGGUAUACCGCAACG